AUGGAGAAAAACAAAGUUAAAGAUAAUGCAUUUAAAGAAAAAAAUGAAUCUAUAAUUCCUCGAAAAAACGAACAAAUUGUGCCUUCUCAUUGCUAUAGAAACUGUACAGUGCAAAAUACACUUUCUGGCAUUUUAAAACCUGUAGAAAUACCAUAUAAUGAUUUGCUUAAUUCAAACACAAAGGACAUACCUAAUAUUAUUUUUUUAAGAAAAAACAUUAAUGUAUCAAAUCAUAAAAAUAAUAAACACCAAAAAACAAGGAAUAAUGAUAUUAAGGACCAAAACAAUUUACCAAAUGUGUGUAAUAAUAUUGUAGAGUCACAUCCUCUUAUUAAUUAUGAAAAUUUUGUUAUAAAAAAAACAUUGAAAAACAUUUUUUUUCAAAGAAAAAUUAGCAAUGCAUAUUCAACCGCUGAAAUUACUAAUAAAAGUAAACCGAAUGCAAAAUUCGAAGGUUUUGAUUAUGCAAUGUACAAUGGAACUAAAAAUGAACAUGUGAACAAACUCCCCAUUAUAAAGCUUCUAGAAUCAAAAAACAAUUUUACCAUUCCAAAUAACACCUAUUUAAAUAGCAUCAAGACACUCAAUUACAAUAAUAUUAUAUACUAUGACAUUAAUAAAAAAAAUUUCAGUCCGAAAACAAGAAAUAUAAAUAAGGAUAUCAUUCAAAAUUAUAGCGCCAUGUGUAUAGAAAAUGAUAACUGUUUGGUUAAUGAAUUUAAAAAUAUUAAGGAUGAUAAUAAUAAAAAAAUAAAUGUGAAAUCUCGUGAAAAUCAUAUUUUAUGUGUUGACCACGAAAAUGUUUUCAAAAAUAACUCUCUGUCUUUAAUAGAAACACACGAAAAUGGAAUGGAAAGAACACUAAAUAAAAAUAACGCAGUUCACCGUUCAGUAGAAUUAAAAACACUUGAUGAUUUAAAUCCUCUUAACAAAAGAAUAAAAAAAGCGAAAAAAAAAAAUGGAGGAGCGUGUUUUUGUAGUUUCAACAAUUUUUCAUUUCAAUUUUUGAUGUCAUGUGAUAAAACAUAG